GGGGGCGAGUGGAGGAAGGGAGGGUCGGGGAUGCCGGCUGCUUGUUGCCCAGUCAGAAGGCCGCGUCGGUCCGGAAGGCGGGCGCUGCCUGUAGUUGCUGGGCCAAGCCAAAGCAGCCGCCGGCGAGGACGAGUCGGGUUACUGCUGGCAGUGUGGGGGAAGGGCGGCAGGGUCCUUGCCCGACCGCUGUCGAUGAGAGAAAGCGAUCGCGUGGAGGCGGCUUCGGUGGUUCAUGCCGCCCCCGCGCACUAGCCCGGCUAUCGGACGCUGGGCGGUUGUGACAGGCAUUAGGGCCUCCCCCGCCCCCUGCGCUGUUUGUGUGCGUGAGUAUCCGCACGCGCCCGACGGUUGCUCGGCCGGUUGCUCUGGGGCCCGACCUCGCUGUCUCGCCCGCCCUUAGCUCACCAUGCGGCUGUGCGGGGCACUUCUGAAGAGCCCCAUCCCCAAACAGAUCGAGUACUAUUCCCGCUUUUCUCCGUCGCCGCUCUCGAUCAAGCAGUUCCUGGACUUCGGGCGUGAUAAUGCAUGUGAGAAAACAUCUUAUAUGUUUCUGCGAAAAGAACUUCCUGUACGGCUUGCUAAUACCAUGAGAGAAGUAAAUUUAUUGCCUGACAACUUGCUGAAUAGACCAUCAGUUAAACUAGUCCAGAGCUGGUAUAUGCAGAGCUUUCUUGAACUUUUAGAAUAUGAAAAUAAAAGCCCUGAAGAUCCACAUGUUCUAGAUAAUUUCUUAGAUGUCUUAAUUAAAGUCAGGAAUAGACACAAUGAUGUUGUUCCUACUAUGGCCCAAGGAGUGAUUGAAUACAAGGAAAAAUAUGGUUUUGACCCUUUUGUGAGCAGUAAUAUCCAGUAUUUUCUAGAUAGGUUCUACACCAACCGCAUCUCGUUCCGCAUGCUUAUUAACCAGCACACAUUGCUUUUUGGUGGGGUUACUAAUCCUGCUCAUCCGAAACAUAUUGGCAGUAUUGAUCCUACCUGUAAUGUGGCUGAUGUGGUAGAAGAUGCUUUUGCAACGGCUAAAAUGUUGUGUGAGCAGUACUACCAAGUAGCACCAGAACUGGAAAUUGAAGAAUUCAAUGCUAAAGCACCAGGGAAGCCUAUUCAAGUAGUCUAUGUACCAUCACAUCUGUUCCAUAUGCUUUUUGAAUUGUUCAAGAACUCUAUGAGAGCUACAGUGGAAUUAUAUGAAGGUAAAAGUGAAGGCUAUCCACCAGUUAAAACAUUAGUCACAUUAGGAAAAGAAGAUCUUUCAAUAAAGAUAAGCGAUAAAGGGGGUGGUGUGCCUCUGAGGAAAAUAGACCGCCUAUUUAACUACAUGUAUUCAACUGCCCCCAGGCCUAGUUUGGAGCCAUCAAGAGCUGUACCUUUGGCAGGAUAUGGGUAUGGUCUGCCAAUUUCUCGUCUUUAUGCAAGAUAUUUUCAAGGUGAUCUCAAAUUGUACUCAAUGGAAGGAGUGGGGACUGAUGCUGUAAUUUAUUUGAAGGCACUUUCCAGUGAAUCAUUUGAAAGACUGCCAGUUUUUAAUAAGUCAGCCUGGCGACAUUACAAGACCACACCAGAAGCUGAUGAUUGGAGCAACCCCAGCAGUGAACCCCGGGAUACUUCCAAAUAUAAAGCUAAUCGAUAACUCACCAACUUUUUUAUCACAGUGGUCACACCUGUAUUUGGAAAUGAGUCUCUGCUUUGUUCCAAUUUCCUCUAAUCUAAAGUAGCCAAUUAUUUUCAUAGAAAGACUUACGAUGGGACUGAAAUAGCAAGAACAGAGGGGACUGUGAAAGAUUGACAUUAAGCAUUUUUGGUGUGAGUUAUUGUAACUAGUUUGCCAAAACAUUCAUGGUGAGCUGGGUCACAAAUGACAAAAAGGGAUGCACUGUGACUGCACUUAGAUUAUACAGCUGUAUAGCAAAAGGGUGAGGUACUAUUUUUAAAGGUAAAUUUAAGAAUUGGCAAAAUUGUUUUUGACUUCUUAUUUGACAAUAGUGUCCUACACAGCAAUAUGUUGUAACAGAAAUUCUAGUGUAGUUUAAUGUGUGCUUUAAAAACUCACAAUGCUGCAUUUUUAUAUGGCACAAUGUCAUCAUUAUAUUUUUUUAAAAAAAUGGGGGUGGGGGUGUGGUCUUACCACCUACAUAUAUAGUAUGUUCUCUAUAUCAGGGGUGGCCAACGGUAGCUCUCCAGAUGUUUUUGCCUACAACUCCCAUCAGCCCCAGCCAGCAUGGCCAAUGGCUGGGGUUGAUGGGAGUUGUAGGCAAAAAAAAAACCAUCUGGAGGGCUACCGUUGGCCACCCCUGCUCUAUAUUGUUGUAGUGCUUUAAAGUGAUUUUUAGGCCAUUUCAGAAGCUAAUAAUUGCUUCUCUGUAUAUAAAUCAAUCUUGCAAAGCAGUGAAACUUUCACUUAGCAGUAGCCAUUCUGUGCAUUUUUUAAAAUUCCCUUAAUUACGGAUUUGAAAAAUUAUUUCCUUGUCAGUCAGCUUUAGUAUGGAAAAAUAUCAGCCAGUUGGAUUCAUAUACUUGAAAAAAAAAUCCAGUUGAUAAAGAUGGAUGGCAGUUCAGGUUGCUUGAAAUAGCCUUUGUUUUAGAGAAGUACACCAAGAAAACAUUAAUGAAAGUAGUUUGGUUUUAAGAUGCCUGGCAUAGCAAACCAUAUAAUAUUAAAACAGAAUAAUUUGCAAAAUGAUCAAAAAGGAAAAUUAGUUUGAAGAUUUAGAGCCUCAGAACACUGAGUUUUGUGAGGCAUGAGUUUUUUUAAAAGGCUGUCUAUAAAAUUUCAUAGGAGAAGGAAAGUGUAAACUAAAUGGAAAUAAAAGGUUUAUGCUAAGAGUUUGAAAAAUGUGAUUAAAUGAGCUUUAGCCUCCUAAACUAUGAAUCCACAGAAAGCAUGGCUUGGGAAACAGAAAUUUUGAUAAAAUCCCUUCACAACAGUGAAGCUGGAGUCGGGAGAGGGGUCAGUGGAACACCAAGACACAUUUCUCCAUAACUUUGUGUUGUAUUUUUAUGUGUGAGGUUUUGACGGUAAGCGACAAUGAAAAGAAUUUCUGUUAGGUACAGUUUAGUGUGUUAAGACAAAGAAAAGGUUACAACUGCUUUGAUAUUUUAAGGAAACAGUUCAGGCUUUCCUACAAUUCUUUAUUUAAAAGUACCUUUAUUACUAGUCAGAGAACCCCCAGUUUGAUUCACACAGCAAUAUGUCACCAGGUAUGCGCUUGAGUCCUAACCAUGUGUGUAAAUGUGCGUAGUGUUGGCACCUGUAUUUGUAUGUCUUUCUAAGCAGUAACUUCAGUUUUUGCACUUUGAAAAUCUAAUUGGCAUGGAUGGGAUUUAUCUGCAUUUUCAGUGGCUUAAUUAUUUCAUUAAGUGGAAGUAAGUUUUAGGAUGGAGAACAAAUUAUAAAAUGUAAUAAUAUAGAAAUGAGACCAACACUUAGAACUUCCUGUUUGUCUAUAAUGUAAAGGCCUAAGUCUGAAUGUAAGAUGGAUAGGAUUUUGCAUCAAUAAAACAUUUAGCUGCUAACUUAUAA